UCUAAACGAAAUACUCAAUAAUGGCGGUUCAGAAUUUGUCUGUGAAUGUUAGUGGUUGUUUCCUAUCAUCGAUAUUCUAUGAAUUGGUUAGUGGUAACGGCGAUCAGGAUGGAUUUCUGCUGGGAGAAGUUGUCAGUCGAAUCACUGACACCAUCAGUGACUCACAGAUACAGGGAGAAAAAGAAGAGACAUGCUUGAACGUUUAUGAAUUCAUCUCUUGUGACAAAUUGUUCAGCUACUAUAAUUCAAAAGGUCAAAUAGUGCUAGAGCUGUUGGAUGAAAUUCUCAAUGGAAGAAAAAAGGAUGUGAUUGGUUGGUUCAAAUUUCGCCGUAAUUCAAGUCUUUCUAUUUCCAUAAGAGAACGUGCUCUCCAUCAUAACCUGGCUUCAAACUUACCACUGUAUGACAAGUUUUUUAUUUUUGGCCUUUUUUCUGCAUUUGUGUCAACUAAUGACUCCACGUAUAGUUUUGAUCAUGUUUUCCUUCGUUACACAGGCUGGAAGUUUGAGCCUGUGACCCUGAAAGUUGUAAACUUAGGAGACACGAGCCACUCAGAAUAUAGGCUUUACCCAACAACUGCAGCUAAUAUGCAUAGUGGUCAGUUUAGUCAAAUUGUUCGAUCAGCUGGGGCCUCCUGCACCGAGGAAGAUAAAAGUUCUGUCAGACAGGUACAAGGAAUUCAUUCGGCCUUGCAUUCUAAAUUAUGGGAGCUGCAAGAAGAAGUAGGUGAAAGUGAAGCAAUGGUUGCCUCAAUGACACAAGAAAUAGAUGAACUACGGGCUAGAAUAGCUUCUUUAGAGACAAUAAAAGGUGCCUUAGUUACAAACUUUCUUGUUGAGGAAGAAGAGGAAAUCGACAUGUCAGAAAAAGUAAUGUCACCAUUAGUGCCUCAAGAUCCAUUUGAAUUCAUAACAGAUGUAAAACUGCAGAUGGGACAAGAAGCACAAUUAAAAAGAAUGGCAUCAUUAACCAAAAUGGCAUCACAGUCUCAGGAGCAGUUGGAGGAAAUGGUAUCGUCCGAUGAUGCAAUGAAAUAAAAUUUCACAAGAAACACCCUGAGUGAGAAACCAUGAUUAAUGGAGCAAGAAGAGCAAAGGUAUUAUUAAACUAAACUAGCUUCAGUGUGCUGGAUGUUGUGUAUCUUAUGUUUCCAGCUGAAUAUUUUCGUUGAUUAAAUCUGUCGUUACUGUAUAUUUAAUUAAUACCACAUUGUAUGUGUAUAGAGAAAGAAACAGAGUCAUGUUGGGUAGGUUUUUUUAAGAACUGUAAAGUGAAUGUUAAAUUCUGAUUCUUUAUAAAGUAUAAUUUUGUGAAUUUUCUGAAAAUAAUGCAGUUAAUAUUUACAUUUUCAUAGUAAAGCACUUAAAAUUUCUACAACUAAUUAUAUCCUGCUGCUUAAAGCAAAAAUAUCUAACCAAAUUAAGAUAUUUAAAUUUGAACAGCAAUUUUUUGUUACUUACUUACUCACUUUACUGAAUUAUGCCUGUUUUUAAAAGCCUCUUGGCACUAUUGUAAAUUAUUAAUAUACUAGUUUCUAAAGGUUUUUUUGGUAUUACACUACUAUAAAUGUAUGUAAAAAUCUAAUGUUAAUACGAUAACAUACUUGUUUCUCAAAUUCUAUUGGCAGUAGAAUAUUAUAUGUGUUUCUAAAAGAACUCAUGCUAAUGUAAAACAGUACCUGUUUUCAAGGCUCACUUGGUGUUGUACAGUUCAAAGACAUUUUAAUACCAUAAAGUUUUAUAAAAAUAUUCUUUGUUGUACAUUACCAUACCAUUGUGUAAAGGCCUUUUGGUAAUAUAUGUUUUUAUGAAGAUUUCCAUAGUAGUAUAAGUAGUAUCGUCAUUGUUUCUCACGGCCUCAUAUUAAGACAUUACCAAAUCUGUUUAUAAAGGCUUCUUGGAACUACACAAGACUGUACCAGUUUUUAACGCUUCUUGAUCAAAACAGUAUCUUAACUAUUUUCCAAAGUUUGCUUUGCAGUAUGAUGCCAUACUAGUUUUAAAAAGCUCGUAUAACAGCAUAUUAUACCAGUAUCUAAAAGUUUACUUGUCAUAGAAAAAUAGUAUGUGUACUAGCUUCUAGAACCAUUUUGCAUUAUGCCUUACUUAAUAAAUUUAUUAUAGAUAGUUGGAAUUACACACUCUUACCAUAUCCUACAGUAAUAAAGAAAAGUUUAUCGUAGCACAAUUAAAAGAACAGUCUGAGUGUUUUAAUAAUAAUUCUAAAGUAUUGUGUUAAUUUAGUUACAAAAAGUGACCAUUUUCACAUUUAUGCAACUUUCUUCUUUUGCUGACAUUUCUACAAACGUUUAUGUACAAUGUAUUAAAGUAGUUUCAUAUUGGUGAUUUAUUUUUGCAAUAAAAGACAUUUCCUAAAAACUUGCAUUUUUUCUUAAAUACUGUGUAGCAUGUAAACCAGGUAAAAAGGUCACUGUUUCCAAUAUUAUCUGACUCUCUUGUAAACUAGGCAUUAAAGGGGACUGUUUCCACUCUGAUAUAAUACCUUAGUAAACUAGUUACAGCUUUUAGUGACGAGAAGGUGAAUGUUUUUACACUAAUAUUACCUGUUAAACCAGAUAAAUAAGGGGAUUGUUUCACUCUGAUUGAACAUUUUAAAGCUAGGUAUAGAAGCUGAUAUGGUGUAAAAACUAGCUGAAUGUUUUCUUGUUGAACAGUUUGCUAUAUCUGUUGCAGUUAUAAGGUGCUAAAACAAUCACACGAUAAAGAUGUGGAUUGAGAUGUGAGUAUAAAUUGAUUACCUAGGAUGAAUGAUUGAUUCAUACCAACAUCUAACCGAAGUUCUAUUCUAGUCAAAUGUUGUCCAAGUUUUUACUUUGUUUUGAUACUCUUGUUCAUUUACUUUUCAUACAGUCUUGUGAAAUUACUUCUUUUUACAGUGAUUUACUAUUGUAGUUUAGAAAAUAUUUUUUAUUUUUUGCUUCAAAAAGAUCAUUGAAACCAUUUCAUUAUGGUUAAAACUUAAUGUUACUGGGAAAAAAAUAACAUUUCAACUCUUUGCUUUAGAUUAUUUUAAGAAAUGUUGUUGUAGGAAAUAUAUUAUUAUUAUUUCUUUUUGAGAAAUUGCUAAACUUUCUCACUAAUACCAUUCUCAAAAUGUAUUGUGGGUUAUUUUUGAAGUAAUACCUAUAUCAUUCUGAAAGUUUGUUGUGGAUUACCAUUCUGAAAACUGUAUUGUGGGUUAUUGUUUAAAGGUUUACUGUUGUGGAUUAUUGUUGAAAAAUUACCCAUACCAUUCUGAAAAGUGUACUAUGGAUUGUUGUUGAAACGUUAGCCAUACUAUUCUGAAAGUGUUAUUUUGUAUUAUUAUUAAAACUUGAAUGCUAUUUUGAUACAAAUCCAAUGACUUCAAAAUUUAGUAUCGAUAAUUGUUUACUUAAAUGUUGUAUACUAAUGUGUAUUGUAUAAUAUAAGCAUGUGUUUUAUAAUGUAUACUCAAUAUCAGUAGUAAUAUUUUGGUUUGAACUAUAAUAUGAAUGUUAAGAAGUUGGUUUACAAGUACAUGAGAAACAAAAUUGAAAAUGUUUUGUUUUUUUUCACCAAACAUUAAUUUCUUUUUAUGCAAAAAAUUAUAUUUAAAACCCCUUUUUGUUAUGUUAAACUAAACAGUUUUGGUCAGUAUCUAUUUCAUUGAUUUUUGUACUUCUCUCAGUAACUGAUAAGAAAGAAAGAAAACAUUAAACAUCAGCUACAGCUUUAAACUCCUGAAUUCCUGCAAUAUGAGAUAUCUAGCAGUGAGGAAAAAAAAAAGACUUGUGAAAUGCUUUCUUCAUAACAUGCCUUUGGUUUGAUUUAGUUCAGGGUUACUGAAAAGUGCUGGUAUUUUAGACCUGAGUGAAACAAAACAAAAGAUAAACCAAAUACUCUCUCACGAGUAAUUUAUGUAGAAAACAUCGUUAAGUAAUAAAGUACUGUAGAUAUCCUUUAUUCCAUUAUGUAGUUUUUGUGUGACUGUAAGCAUGAAAUGUUAUCAGUGAUGCAUCUAAUGUGUGUAUUAAGUUGUUUCAUUGUCUGAAUGUAUUUCAUGUUUGAAAGCCUCAAACUAAGUUUAUUAUCUAUUGGUUUUUAGUCAACUGUGCAUUUUAUCAGUAAAAAAAUAUUCAUUCUGUAAACAAAAGUUGAAUCAGUUUAAUUACUGUUUUAAUAUCUAUAUUACUAGUAAUUGUUAAUGAUACCAGGAUACCUGUAAUGUUACCCAGCAUGACAAGAGAGUAGUUGCAUAAAAACUCAUUAAUGUUAGCUGGAAGUGUUAUGAGGGAGAACUUUCAUUUAUACAUGAAGUUUGUGUGAAAGACCUUAAAAAAUUAAAAUAAACAUACAGAAAUAUUAUUGACAAGAACUGUCUGGGAUUUUUUUUUAGUUGUGAUGAUGUUUUGGAUUCUAUGCUGGAAUUAUUUUCAGGUCUAGAAGAACACUUUAACACAUGUAAGGUAAUGAAACAUUGCUAAAGUGAGAAAUCUCCAGGCAGUGUCUGUUCAUACUUCACUGACCCAAAAUUAUUUAAAGCAAAACUGAAACAUGUUUGGGUUAGGUAGCUGAUGGUUGGUAAUAAACACUAUCUUGUAAAGAAUGUACAUCAAGUUUCCAUUAGGAUACCAUGAACAAACAAGGGUUCCAAGUCUGAGUAAAUCCAUAUGAACAUCUUAUUGCAAGACACUCCUUACUGUACAGCACACCAAUUUUUGAAAAUGAUUUAACAUUAUCCGGUGUAAUAUCCAAAAUGAUUAAUAAUAAUGUAAUUUCACUCACUAACAUUUUAUUUUGUUCGAGGAAAUUGUUAAUAUAAAUAUCAUCCAACUAUUUGAAAAGUAAUUGGUAUAUUCAUGACCUUCUAGUUAUUUUUGGGUGUAAGGAAAUCUAAAUACUUCCCUCUGUAUUCUUUAAAGGUCUUCAGUGGAUGUGGAGUUAUCACAUAGAGUAUAUGUUCUGUAUGUGAUGCACUCAGAACAAAACAGGAUGUAUUAUGGGAAGAUUCUGAUCCAGCUGAACUUUCCUUGUAAGGGUUUUGUUGCAUGUGAUUUGGGGAUUUGAACGUCACCUUUACUGAUGUUAAUUUUGCAGAAGUUAGUCAUCAAUAUUUUUAUAAGACUGUAUUUUGUAAAUAAUUUGCUUAAAGAUAAUAAACUUGAAUCAUUUUACGUUU